GGACAUUACAGUCUGAAAUACAGAAGUGAUGACCGAGAUGAGUUCCUUCAUGACCUCUUUUCAUUGAAGACAGCUUUGGUUAUUUUUAUCAUGACGCAGUGGAGCACAUGCACACCACACUUGAAAGUCAUUCUUAUCGGAAACUCUGGAGUGGGAAAAUCUUCAUUUAUGACCCGGUUUGUCGACCAUCACUUUACUAAUUUGUAUCGUGCCACAAUUGGGGUAGAUUUCCUUACUAAAGAAAUCACUAUUGAUAAAAGAUCAGUGAUUCUUCAGAUCUGGGACACUGCAGGAACAGAGAGGUUUCACUCCCUGGGUACCACACUAUAUCGUGGAGCUCACUGCUGCCUCCUAGUGUUUGAUGUUACCUCGUCCAUCUCCUUUGAUGCACUAGAAGUCUGGAAGAAAGAGUUCCUGGUGCAGGCAUGUCCUUCAGACCCCUCUGCAUUCCCUUUCAUAGUGCUCGGCAAUAAAAUUGACUUGGAUUAUCGUGAGGUGUCCCCUAACAAGGCCCAGCAGUGGUGCAGUGAAAUCGGAGCUGAAUAUUUUGAAUGUAGUGCCAAGGAAGACAUUGGCGUGGACGCGACCUUUCACAGUGCGGCACGAGCGGCCUUGCAGUUUCUCAAAAGUCACCAUGUGGAGAAUGGAGACGACAUCCAGAUUAUACAGAAACAACAGGAGAAGCCGCCAAAUAAAAAAUGCUAUUGCUGAAGCAAGAACAAACUCCUGUGCUACUGUUCAAUGUUAAGGCCCAUUCACACCAAGGGUGACGAUUAUUACCGGUAUAA